GCACUUCGACGCGGACGGAAAUGGCUACAUUGAAGGCAAAGAACUGGAAAAUUUCUUCCAGGAGCUGGAAAGUGCAAGAAAGGGGGCGGGUGUGGACUCAAAGAAGGACAAUUUGGGUGACAAGAUGAAGGAGUUCAUGCACAAAUACGACAAAAAUGCAGAUGGUAAAAUCGAGAUGGCAGAGCUGGCCCAGAUCCUGCCCACAGAAGAGAAUUUUCUGCUGUGUUUCCGCCAGCAUGUGGGCUCCAGUUCAGAGUUCAUGGAGGCUUGGCGCAGGUACGACACGGAUCGCAGCGGCUACAUCGAAGCCAACGAGCUCAAGGGCUUCUUGUCGGACCUGCUGAAGAAGGCGAACCGGCCGUACGACGAGCCCAAGCUGCAGGAGUACACACAGACCAUUCUGCGGAUGUUCGACAUGAACGGUGAUGGGAAGCUGGGCCUCUCUGAGAUGUCCCGACUUUUGCCUGUGCAAGAAAACUUUCUUCUGAAGUUUCAGGGAAUGAAGCUGUCCUCGGAUGAAUUUAAUGCCAUCUUUGCCUUCUACGACAAGGAUGGAAAUGGCUUCAUUGAUGAGAAUGAGCUGGAUGCGCUUUUGAAAGACCUGUAUGAGAAGAAUAAGAAAGAGAUGAACAUCCAGCAGCUCACCAACUACAGGAAGAGCAUCAUGAACCUCUCCGACGGGGGCAAACUCUACCGCAAGGAACUGGAGAUGGUGCUCUGCAAUGAGCCCCCCAUGUAGGACCCCCAUACACACAGCCCAUGCUCCUCCUCCCCAAAAACAAGCACAAGGGGGAGCCCCCAUCACUGCAGAGCUCCCCCAACAGCUCUUGGGUUUGCUGUAGGUUGCUAAAAUCCCAUUUGCGGGGGAAAACUGUUUUUUUUUUUCCAUCUGCCUGGUUUAUUUAAUGACAUGAUUUCUUUUUCUUUGCGGGGGUGUUGUUUUCAUUCCUUUGGUCUCUUGAGUUUUUAUCAUUUACCAAAGAACAGUUUACUAAUAAAUUCAAGUACUGCUAGA